CACACACUGUUCUCUCUCUAUAUAUACAGACUUAAUGUGAACAACAUUGUUAUAUGUCUUAGGAGAUAUUACUAGGUACUAAGUAUUAGGCAUUAGGUACAGUUUGUCAGUUCAAGUUCAGAAAAAGAUGGUGUUAGGGGAUGAGAAGAAGUUAAGGCCUUCAUGGCCUGCUUGCUGGUCUAAAUGCCUCCCCAUCUCUUCUUCUAGGUCGUCCUUAUCGUUGCCGUCGCCAGAAAAUGAAGAGUACGAUGAAAAAGUUGACAGGGUUUCAACAAAUUCCAAGAAGAACCAGAGAAAGCCUGGUGGAUGGAAGUCCAUGCCUCUCGUCUUAGGAAAUGAAACGUUUGAGAGGUUGGCAACUGUGGGGCUGCUAGCAAACUUCAUGAUGUUCUUGAUGACACAGUUUCACAUGGACCAAGUAUCUGCUUCGAACGUGAUUAACAUGUGGUCUGGUGUUACAAACUUUGCACCUUUGCUCGGUGCUUUCAUCUCUGAUGCUUAUGUGGGCAGGUUCUUGACCAUUGCUGUCUCUUCUUUUGCUUCACUUCUGGGUAUGGUGACACUGACUCUCAUAGCAUGGAUUCCCCAACUGCAUCCCCAGUGCACUCCUCAGCAAUCUCAACUUCAUCGAUGCAAGGGCCCCACAACUUCUCAAAUGGGUGUUUUGGUCAUGGCUUUGGGGUGGUUGUCCAUAGGCACAGGUGGGAUAAGGCCAUGUAGCCUACCCUUUGGUGUGGACCAGUUUGAUGCAACCACUGAUCAAGGAAGGAAGGACAUCAACAGCUUCUUCAAUUGGUACUACACCACAUUCACUGUGGUACUUAUAAUUGCCCUAACAGCGGUGGUUUAUAUCCAAGAUUCUGUGAGUUGGGUGUGGGGUUUCGGGAUUCCGACCGCGCUCAUGUUAUGUUCUAUCAUCUUAUUCUUCGUUGGAACAAAAUUAUAUGUAUACGUGAAACCCGAAGGGAGUGUAUUUUCGGGCAUUGCUCAGGCGGUCGUCGCGGCUUAUAAGAAACGCAAGCUUAAACUUCCUGAUGAAGGCGAUCAUGUUGAUGGGGUUUUUUAUGAUCCACCAUUGAAAGGGAGUAUAGUAACAAAGCUACCUCUCACCAAUGAAUUCAGGAUCUUAAACAAAGCAGCUAUAGUGAUAGAAGGUGAAGUUAAGCCUGAUGGUUCUCCUGAAAAUAAAUGGAGACUAUGCAGCAUUCAACUAAUUGAAGAAGUCAAAUGCCUUGUAAGAGUAGUCCCAAUAUGGGCCUCUGGUAUCAUCUGCUUCACUGCCAUGGCACAACAAGGAACAUUCACAAUCUCACAGGCAAUGAAAAUGGACCGCCAUCUCGGCCCGAAAUUCCAAAUCCCAGCCGGGUCAUUAGUCGUCAUCUCAAUGAUCACAGUAGGGGCAUGGCUCCCAUUCUACGACCGAAUACUAGUGCCAUCCCUGCGAAAAAUCACUAAAAUCGAAGGCGGGAUUACCCUCCUUCAAAGAAUUGGAAUCGGUAUAGUAUUCUCAAUCCUGUCAAUGGUUGUUGCCGGGCUGAUGGAGGAAAUGAGACGGGCCUCGGCUAUUUCUGCGGGCCGACCCGAUGGAAUUGCACCCAUAUCAGUGAUGUGGUUAGCUCCACAGCUCAUAGUCAUGGGAUUUGCUGAAGCAUUCAACAUUAUUGGACAGCUUGAAUUUUACUACAAAGAGUUUCCUGAGAACAUGAGGAGUGUAGCUAAUUCUCUGUUCUUUGUCACCGUGGCCGGGGCGAAUUAUUUGAGCAGUUUUGUUGUGACCACUGUGCAUAAGGUUACAGGGACUCAUGAUCAUCCAGACUGGUUGACUAAUGAUAUUAAUGCUGGUAAAGUUGAUUAUUUCUACUACUUAUUAGCAGGGAUGGGGGUACUGAACUUUGUAUAUUUUCUAGUGGUUGCCAAAAGGUACAAUUACACGAGCAGAAUGCAAAUCAGUGAAGAAAAAACUGAGUUUGAUGUGGAGCUAAGUGACAUUAAACACUGAAGUUUCUUGCAAUAUUGGAGGUCUAGUACAAUUAUAUUGUGUAUACUGGUGUACCCUUUUUCUUUCUUUUGUAAUAACAUUGAGAGAUGAAGUUCCCUGCAAUAUUGGUCUAUAGAGGACAACUACAGUUAUAUUAUAUAAUUAGAUGGUAUAUGCAUAUACGCUUUCUAUUUUCGUAAUCGAAAAUCGUUCUAAUCGUACCGACUUUUAUAUUCAUAAAUACAACACUAAUCUCGAAU